AUGGGAGACGAGUUGGAACUCAACAACCUCACCCGACCUUUGAAAGAUUUCACAGUUCCUAAAGCAUUGGACCAGCCGUCUUGCAUUGCAUACUCAACCACUACAACCAUGUUUGAGAUCAAGAGUGGCACCAUUCACCUUUUGCCACAAUUUUAUGGUAAGGCUGGGGAUGAUCCUCACAUACAUAUCAAGGAUUUCUUUGCUGUGUGCGCAACUAUGCACAAUGGAGGGAUUAGUGAUGAGACAAUCAGAUUGAGUUUGUUUCCAUUCUCACUCCAGGAACGAGCCAAGGAGUGGCUCUAUUCUUUGCCUAGUGCAUCUAUCACCACAUGGACAGCAUUGGCUUCCAAGUUCCUUGCAAAGUUCUUUCCAGCUCAACAGACAAACCAUAUUAGGAAGGAGAUCAUGGGAGUGCAGCAACUAGAUGGAGAAUCAUUUCAUGAGUAUUCGGAUCGGUUUCAGAGACUCCUAGCUUCUUGCCCUCAUCACCAAAUUGAAGAUUGGCUACUUAUGCAAUAUUUUUAUGAGGGAUUACUUGAUUCGGAGAGGAUGAUGGUUGAUGCUACUAGUGGAGGAGGCUUGAUGAACAAGAGUGCUACUCAAGCUAAGGAAAUGUUUGAGAACAUUGCAGCAAACUCUCAACAAUUUAAUUACCAGAGAGCUCCCCCAAAGAAAGCAGGCGUUUAUGAGGUAAGUGCUAGUGAUAUUGGUCCUCAAAUCGCUAAUUUGACUAACCUUGUUAAGCAGUUAAUCCCUCAAGCACAAGUGUGUGCCGUGUGUCCUAAUCCCGGACAUCCUACGGAGUCUUGUCCAAGUUUGUAUGGUGAUGGAGAAGAGAUGGCUCAAGCACACUGUAUGCAGCAACAAAAGCCAAGAAACGAUCCAUUUUCUAACACCUAUAAUCCGGGAUGGCGGCAACACCCUAACUUUGGAUGGAAGAACAACCAAAAUGUGCAAACAGCCCCGGUUCAACAAAAUCAGUUUGUUCCUCAACAAAAUGCACCACCACCUCAUGGGCAAGGUAAGUCUUUAGAAGAGUUAAUUAAUUCUUUGGCAUUAAGCACUCAAGGUUUUAUGCAGGAAACAAGGCCAACACAGACACAAAUGUCUACAACAAUCAAGAGCCUUGAAAACCAAGUUGGACAAAUUGCAGCCUCCUUGAGUCAAAGAGAGCCAGGAAAGUUUCCAAGCCAAGUAAUUCCAAAUCCUAAUGGAGGCCAUGAAACAGCAAAGGCGAUUACUCUUCGAAGUGGAAAAGAGGUGGAAAAUGUUGACAAUGAGGAGAGAAAUUCAACCAAAACAGUGGCUGCCCCCUCUCCCAAGCUUACGGUUCCAAGUGACAACUCUAAGGUUUUUGAAUUCAAAGAAGGAGCAAGUUUCAAAAGAUAUUUUAGAGACUUUUCGAAAAGUACAAGUGAACAUUCCCUUGCUCGAUGCGAUCCAACAAAUUCCAAGCUAUGCAAAAUUCCUCAAAGACCUUUGUACAAAUAA